AUGGCAAUUGCAAGAGAAAUGACUUCCAGACAGUUAAGAAGAAAAGUUCCAUAUGCUGGACAUUUAAUGACACCGAGAAGAUUAUGGUUAAAUAAAAUUCCUACACAAUGUGACGUUGUUAUAGAAUUUCCAGAACAAGCGCCUGAUGAAGCUUUAAGAUGGCUUCUAGCACGAAUACGUUCUCAACCACCGUCUGGACUUGGCCUUGCUGCCAAUGUCAAAUCACAUGAAAGUACAAAACGAACAGCUUUUUAUAUAAGUGCUCCAAUUAAUACCCUCUAUAAAGCCGCUGAAGAAGCUAGACUUCCAAAGCGUUUGCGCAACGAUUUAGGUGGUGCCUUAAGAGAAUUUACAACACGUGAAUGUCAUUGUUUUGAACAAAUAAAAAAUAAUGACGGUAGUACAACAUUAUUUACGUCCCAAGAACGUCAAUGGUUAGUUUUACAAAUGUUACAAGGUCUUAGAGCUGGACCAACAGAUUUAGAUGCAUUACAAGGUAGAGCAAGUGUUGAAGAAGGUCAAAGUAUAGUCGCAGCAUGGCAAGAGACUGGACUUAUAUUACAAGUUUUUCCACUUCACGAAACAAGUGCAUUGACACGCUUACAAAUGAAUUGGGUUAAAAAAAUUUUUGCUCCACAACCUCUAGAUGAUAUAGCUGAAUAUUUUGGUGUUAAAGUGGCUUUAUAUUUUGCCUGGUUAGGUCAUUAUACAUGUGCUUUAGGUGUUCCUGCCGUUUUUGGUACAAUAUUAUGGGCCGGUUUAUAUGGCCGUGGACAAACAAUUAAAGAUAUGGGUCAUGUUUUAUUUUCUUUAUUUAAUGUUGCUUGGGCUUCUCUAUAUUUAGAAGCAUGGAGAAGAUAUUCUGUUGAAUUGGCAUUUCGUUGGGGUACAUUAUCUACACCACCAGAAAUGUUAGAACCACCAAGACCAUUAUUUAAAGGUCCAUUAGUGGAAAAUUGUGUUACAGGGCGUUUAGAACCAAAAGAUGCCCCAAUAUGGAAACAAAGAGCAUUUCGUUAUUUUGUUAGCUUUCCUAUAAUAGGAGUUUGUUUAUUAAUUGUUUUUAUUGUGAUGUUUUUAAUGUUAAGAUUUCAGGAUUGGUGGGAUUCAAAACUUCCUGAAGGCAGUAUAAUUUCAUGUUUAAGUGUGAUACCAAAAGUUCUUCUAGCUGGUGCUAUUACUUUAAUGGAUGAAGCAUAUUAUAAAUUAGCUGUAUGGUUAAAUGACAAAGAAAAUUAUCGACUUCAGUCAAAAUAUGAAAAUCAUCUGAUAGCAAAAGUAGCACUAUUUCAGUUUGUUAAUUCAUUUUUAUCACUCUUUUAUAUAGCAUUUUAUAUAAGAGAUGAGGAAAAAUUAAAAGAGCAAUUAGCUGGAUUAUUAAUAUCACGACAAAUUAUUGGUAAUUUACGUGAAUCAGCAUUACCGUAUAUGAUUGAGCAAUGGAAAUUGGCGAAAUUAAGUUUUAAAUUAGGCGGAGCAUUAAGUCCAACACAAUUAAUAUCAGAAUCGAAUAGUGGUAGUGGUAUUGGUGGUAGUAGUAGUACAAUUGUUAGUGGUAGAACAUUUGAUACAGCAUUAAAAUCAGCUACUACAACAACAUCAGCAGCAGCAUCAACAGUUGCAGCAACAUUAUUAAAUCAAAGAUCAAGUGUUGGUUCAAAAAGUAGUUCAGAAGAAUUAUUAAAUAUUAAAAAACAGCAAGAACAACAGCAACAACAACAACAGCAAGAAAAAUUAAGAAGUAGUCAUCCAUCAGUUAAUACAAAUAAUGGUAAUGAUAAUGGUGGUGGUAAUAUUGGUGGUAGUUCUAGUGGAAUUGGUAUAUCAGAACAACAAUUUCAUAGUAAAAGGAAUAUUGGACAAGCUGAAAUUGAAAGUACUUUAAAUAAGUAUGAUGGAACAUUCUCAGAUCAUUUAGAAAUGCUAGUACAAAUGGGUUAUGUUGUAUUAUUUUCGGCUGCAUUUCCAUUAGCUGGAUUAUGUGCAUUAGCUAAUAAUUUAUUAGAAAUACGUUCAGAUGCAUUUAAAUUGGCGCAUGUUCAUCAGAGACCAUUUGGUCAACGUGUUGCAAAUAUUGGUACAUGGCAAAAUGCAUUAAGUGUAUUAAGUUUAGCAGCUGUUAUUGUUAAUUGUGCAUUAAUUGGUUUAUCUGGUCAAGUAUCAAGAUUAUGGCCUGGAUUAACAACAGCUCAAACUAUAAUGCUUAUUGUUGCAUUAGAACAUAUUAUGUUAGGAUUACGUUCAGCAUUAACAUGGUUAUUACCAGAAUUACCAUCAUGGUUAGCUGCUGAAAUUGCACGUGCUGAACAUUGUCGACGUGAAAUGCAAGUAAAAGGUACAUCACCAAGACCAACACCACCAUCACCGCCUUCAACAACAUCUGUAUCACAACAAAUGACACCAGCUGAUUUAGCAACAACAAAUGAUGAAUCAAUGGAUAGUCAAAUAAUGGAUGAAGAUAAUCCAUUAUAUAUACAACAGCAAUUAGAUGAAAUUCAUGCAAAAUUAGUACAGGAAAGUUUACAAGCUGAAUUACAUAUGAAUGAAAAUAUAAGAGAUAAAGAAUCAUCACCGGACUCACCACCUUCACAGACAAGUACAAUAUUAAUUCGACCAUUACACGAAUCAACACCACCAAAUGGCAGUGAUUCAACACAAAAUCUUCCAUAUGAUGUGCAAGGGUUACCAGGCGCAUGUAAAAAUUGUAGGCUGAGAACAAAAGUCCAAGAUAUACCUCCAUUUAGAGGAAGUUCAGUUUAUAGCUCAUAUGCUAAAUUGCACGCUUUUUCAGGACCAUCCGGUAGUAGUAUGUCAUUGGCAAAAUCCCAACCAAUGUAUAUUCCAGAAAUACCUCCGUUCCGUCAAAAGAAAAGUCAACAACAACAGGAUAAGAGACGUGAUUCAGAGAAUUCAAUAACAGGUGAAAGUCCACGUAAACCACAACAAGUACCAAAAAUUGGUGAAAUAGCAUCAAUACCACCAUUUAAAGCUAGAAAAUCAUCUGAAUCAACACCACAUACAAAUCUCGAAAUUAAAGAUAAAAAUAAAUUGAUGCCACUUCAUGUUCCCGAAUGGAUUUCGAGAUUGAAAGUUAAUGAAUCGACAAAUAUUCAUAGAAGCAUCGAUUGUAUAGCAUCCAAGGAAAUUGCAAGUAAUUCUGAUUCGGAUGUUUUAAAGCCUGCACCAUCAUGGACAAAUGUUGCUGGACCAUCAACAUCUACAACAAGUUCUAUAAAUUUAACUAAACCAAGUACACCGGCAGCAGCAAGUGCUUCUGGGUCUGGUGGUUCAGUUGGUAGCAGUAAUGGUGGUAGUGGUACUAGUCCAAGUUUAUGGGGUGCUCGAUCAAGUUCGAUUACAACUACAACAGCAAAUACAAAUUUAACUACAACUAGUACAACUACUACAGCACCAACAACUACUAUAACAUCAACUGGUGUCAGUGGAGAAGAAUCAACAAAUCAAGCAAAUGUUACAAAUACAGGUAGACAAGAUUCACUUACAACACCAUCAACACUAAAUGUUUCAUCAAAAGAAAGAGAACAGAAAAAUUCAAUACCAUCAUCAGAGGAAGAUGCUAAAGAUGCAGCGAAAAAAUCAUUAAAACAAACGUUUGUAAAGAGAGCUAGAUCAGUGGCGAUAUUCUCUUUGAAAUUAAAAGAGAGACGACAGAGAGAAGCAGAGAAAGCAGCACAAAUGGCUAUUGAACAUGCGAAGGCUUCACAAAAACUACCACAACCUGGUGGUGAAUUAUCAUUUUUACCAUUAGAACAGUUAAUACAAAUAGAUGAUAUUAUAAAACAGUCACCAAAAUCACCACCACCUGGUUCAAGUGGAGGACCAUCAGGGAGUUUUUCAAAUUAUUAAAUAAAUUUUAUCUACAAUAUACAUACAUACAAAAGAGGGCAUAAAUAUAUAAUAAUAAAUAUUAUAAUAAAAAAUUAAA